GGCAUCAUUCACUGCGGGGGGAAGAUAGGCACGAGAUCUUGUGUGCUCUCGCGAGAUGUCCAUAAGAACGCUUGGCGCUGGAAUUUUGAUUUGCAAACCAAGUUGUUUCUCCUGCACCGCUCACAGACUCGUUUUAUGUCACGUCUUUCGAACGUAAGGUAAAAGAAAGGGCACAGAAUGUCGAAAAGGAAAAGUAGUCCUGUGAACUUCACACCCCACAAACGGCUGGCGUCCGAGCCGCAUGACGAAAACGAAAAUGAAGAUGAAGAGGGAGAGUCUCGACGUUGUACACAGGAGCAAAGUGUGGGUGAGGUGCCAAGUGACGCUGGCAUAGUAGAGAGCAUCACGUUGAAGAACUUCAUGUGCCACUCUUUCCUCGGCCCCAUCACCUUUGGGUCCAACAUCAACUUUGUCAUCGGCCGCAAUGGAAGUGGAAAGAGCGCCAUCCUGACAGCGCUCAUUGUUUCGUUAGGCGGGAAUGCGCAGGCCACAAGCAGGGGAUCAUCCCUCAAGAGCUUUGUCAAGGAAGGUGAAAGCUCGGCGGAUGUGUCCAUCACCUUACAUAACCAAGGGAAGGACGCCUACAAACCUGAGCUGUAUGGUCCGUCCAUCAUCAUAGACUUGAGGCUCACCCACGAUGGAGUGAGAACGUACAAGCUGAAGAGUCAAAGCGGUCAAAUCAUCUCAACCAAAAAGGAGGAGCUUGCGUCAAUUCUGGACAAUUUUAAUAUUCAGGUCAACAAUCCUGUGUCAGUUCUCACCCAGGAGAUGAGCAAGUACUUCCUGCACUCUAAAGGAGAGGCAGACAAAUACAAGUUUUUUAUGAAGGCCACACAACUGGAACAAAUGAGAGAGGACUUUAUCCACAUCAAAGCCACCAAGCAUAUGACCGAAGAUAAAGUCGCGCAACACGGCGAGUACCUGAAAGAGCUGAGGCAAAAGUACAUGGAGAGAGAGGACCGUUACAAGAACUUGUCGUCGAUGGAUGAGAUGCGCAACAAGCUGGAGGAGUUACAGAAGCAGAUGGCCUGGGCUCUAGUAAUGGAGAUGGAGAAAGAGCUCAAGCCAAUGAGAGAGAAACUACAGGUCAAUCAACAAUCCACGCAGAAAUAUGACGACAAAGUGAACGAAUGGAAGAACAAGGUCAAGGAGGCCGAGAAGCAGUACAAACAAAUCCAGGAACAGCUGGAAGGCGUCACACAGCAGACCCAGGAAAUGCAGCCCAAAUGUGGCGAGCUCAAGGCCGAGGCACAGAGACUCGACUCUCUGUUGAAAUCCAGCGAGGUUGCAGUCCACAGAUGCCAGGUUAACCUGCGGGACCUCGAGAGGGACAAGGCUCAGCUGUCCUCGAAGAUAAAUGAUCUCCGGCUUAGCAUCAACCAGGCAACGGGGUCGGCGAGGCAGGCCAAGGUCGAGACCAUGCAGCGCAUCCAGUGCCACCUGGAAGAUCUGAAUCACCGGAUGUCAACUCUGGAUCAACAGAUUGGGCAGUAUCAGUGCGCCCGCACGAGUGCAAAGGAGGAACAUGGAAAGUUACGACAAGAGCACGAUACGCUGAAGAGUUCCAUGGAAGCCCACAGUCGGAGCUUGUGGACGAUGGAAGGCAGUCGAUCCAAUCAGCUGCGGCGCUUUGGCGAACACAUGCCCGCGCUGCUCUCUGCCAUCGAGGAUGUUCACAAGCAGGGUCGAUUCAAGCACAAGCCUCGAGGGCCCCUGGGUUAUCUGAUCAAGCUGAAAGACCCGCAGCAGGCUCUCGCCAUCGAGGUGUGUUUACAAAGUCUGCUGCAGACCUUCACCUGUGACAACUACGAUGAUGAGAAAGUGUUAAAAGGUCUCAUGGCCAAAGUCCUGCCGUCCGGCCGCAGGCCUCCAAUCAUCACCAGCAAGUUUCUCCCACACGUCCAUGAUACAAGAAGGAGGGCUGUGAACCACCCGGACUACCCCUCUGUGCUUCAAACUCUAGAAAUCGACGACCCGGUUGUGGCCAAUUGUCUAAUCGAUCAAAGGGGCAUUGAGAACAUUUUGCUCAUCAAGAAUCGCGCUGAGGCUUGUCGCGUGAUGAUGUCCGGACACCCGCCCCCAAAUUGCUACCAGGCUUUCUCCAAGGACGGCGAUCAGGUUUUCACCAACCGCUGCUACGCCGCCGAGCAGACCCGAGCUAACUGCCUCUCGGGGGACGUGGAGGAGGAGAUCAGACAUCUUAAAAGAGAGCUGGAGACUCAAAAAGCGCAGGCAGCAAACUUGCAUCAACAAAUGAAGAGGUUGGAUGACGACAUCAAACUGAACGAGAGCCUGGAGAAGAAAGCCCAUGCAGAAAUAAAGAUUGCCAAAGACAAAGCCACAAAGUAUCGACUGGAGCUGUCAGACCUUCAGAAUUUGGAAGAGCCUCAGUUGGAGGACCUCAAGCCGCUGGAGGAGGACCUUCAGGAGAUUGUCGCCAAGAUCUUCAACAAGAUCAGAAAGUCAGAGGAGGAAAAAGCCCGGACGUCGGAGCUCAAGGAGAACUAUGAGAAAGCGGAGCAGGAGUACAAGCGGCACAAGGAGCGCAUCAACACCAUCGCCGAGGAAGUCGAUGCUGUCAAGGAGGAGCUAAUCAAAGUGGAACAGGCAGUGAUGAAGUGCAAGCAUCACAAAAAGUACUACGACGACAAGCGCAACAGCCAUCUCCAAAGCAUCCAGGAGCUGGAAUCCACUUUGCAGAAGAAGGAGCAGGAAGUUCAGGUAAGCAUUUCCAAAGCCAGAGAGAUCUGGCCCGAGCGCCUUGAAGUAGAGCGCAAUGCCAGGAGCUUGGACACGGAGAUCAGCCGCCUCAAGGUGAAGAUCACCACCCAGCAGGAGCAAGAGGGCGACCGCGAGGAGAUAAUCAGAGAGUACCGUGAUGCUCUGGCCAAGUACAAGAACACCGCACAGCAGAUGAAGAACUUCAAUCUGUUUAUCAAAAGCCUGGAUAGAGUGAUGAAUCGAAGAAUGAAGGUUUUUGGUGACAUGAGGAGGUUCCUGUCGGCGCGUUGCCAAUAUUACUUCAGAAGCAUGCUGGCGCAGAGAGGCUACACGGGGACCAUGAACUUUGACCACAAGAACGAGACCCUCACCAUCUCUGUGCAGCCUGGAAAAGGAAGCGAGCGCGAUUGGGUCAACAUGCGCUCCCUUUCGGGGGGAGAGCGCUCUUUCUCUACCGUGUGCUUCGUCCUCUCACUCUGGGCCAUCACGGAGGCACCCUUCCGCUGCCUGGAUGAAUUUGAUGUUUAUAUGGACAUGGUCAAUCGGAGGAUCUCAAUGGACAUGAUGCUGCAAGUGGCCGAUGGGCAACGCUACCGGCAGUUUAUCUUCCUCACGCCACAAAGCAUGAGUUCUCUUCCAGAAACGGAUCUCCUCACCAUCCUCCGUCUCAAAGAUCCGCAAAGAGGCCAAGAAAACCAAGAGGAAGCUAAAUCCGAAUGAACAAGUUCUAGCACUAGCCCCUCCCCUUCAGUACCAAGUAUUUGUUUUCAAAAUAUGUUGACCAAAAUAUAUCUUCAAGAGGAAGUCGAGGCCAACAUUUUCUCUAUGUGGCUCCACUAGUCGUUUCAAGGAGUGGCCAUCUUGCUGCUUUUUUGUUUUGUUUUGUCAAGACUCAGGUAAUCACCAGUCACGGCUUAUCUUGCAAAUGUCACAUGACCAAACUCAGAAAACAGGUGAGCCAUGAUUGGUCUUUACCUGAGCUCUGAGCAACCAUUGAUGUCAUGGCUGCCCUCUGAGACGUGUAAAAACAGGUGGAUUUUUGCUCCGUAAUUCAUAUUCCAGACACGUAAGACUAAUCAGAAUGCCGUGUUUAGGCUCCUGAGGGCCCAUUGUAAAGAGAAUUUUUGGACUUCCCACUUUAAAUGGAUUUUUUUCAUAUUUGUUUCUGCGCACAUAAUAAAGGUUUGCACUUUCACAUUUUG